GUCAUCCUUAAAUAACAUACUUGACGUUUGUACUGACUAGUGGUUAUCGCAAAGUGCAAAUUUUAUUAAAAAAUAUUUAGUAUUUUGCAGAUAGGAUUUUAAGUAAAUUAUUGUUGUUGUUACAUGAUUCGUUAACUGAAAUGGCCACUUCCCGUAUUCAGGCGACAGCACGCCAGUUGUCGAAGACAUUUAAGAAGAAAAACAGAUUUGACAUAGGUAUAGCUGCUGAGCUGCCUGUUGCGUAUAAAAAGUUUUGGCGUGAAUGGAAGGUUCUGAAACCAGCAGCUGUGCAUUUUAUCCCUCAGGAUAGCAAAUGGAAGCGUGAUGAUCUUACUGGUGAAACCCUGCCAGUGCAAAAUAUACCUCUUCCCUUGAAACAGCCUCAUCAAAUUCAUGAAGGAAUUUGGGGUGGUGAGGCAGUAAUUAAAGGAUUUCAAAAGCGUGAUCCUCAAAAACGAAGAGUUCCUCACUACUGGGUACCUGUGCUUAAAAGGACUGUUGUUAAAUCAGAUGUCUUAAACACGCACCUGUCUGUCACAGUUACUGACAGAGCAAUAAAGCUUAUUAAUGAUCAUUAUGGAUUUGAUCAUUACUUACUGAAAACACCAGCAUGUGAUCUGGCUUCAAUGUUAGCCCUAAAACUAAAAAAACAAAUCCUUAUUGAAUUAAUGAAUGGCUGUCCAAGACAUGCCUAUGACCCAGCCAAGCAAAAACAGAUCUAUGAUGAAUAUAAAACAUAUUUGUCAUCUUAUACCCCAGAAGAAAUCGAAUGGUAUGGCUUAACUUGGUACGAGGCUUUGUGUAAAGUUGCAAAAAUAAAAGAAGCAGCAAACAAACCAAUUCCUCUGAAAAAUGUUUAUAGAAAAAAUUUAGUUGAAAAACUUAAGGCAGCAGGAAAUGAUGCAAAGUCAUCAACGGAAGACAUCACGUCAACAACAUCCUGGCUUUCUAAGAUGAAUCCAUUUGGAAAGAAAGAUGAAGCUUAGUAUUUUAGAGAAGACAGACAUUAUCACAUGAAAAUUGCUGUGUUGUAGAAAAUUAUAUGGAAAUAAAUAGUUAUUAAAUUGA